AUGUUUAAUAAAUUUGAAGAGCAUGAUGCAUAUCCAAGAUCUGCUAUUACUACAACUGCUCAAUCACAUUCAUUACCAGCAUACACGACUCGACAUGAUACGUUAUUUUCAUUGGGACGACAGCAUUAUGUGCCAGGUAAUAGUCAACGAACAAAUGAUCUGCAACAGUUCGAUAAAAUGGAUACUGAUCUUCCAUGGAAUUAUAAGAUUCUCGAAACUGAUGAUGAAGAAGAAGAAGAAGAAGAUGAUACUGAGAAUAAUCAAGAAAUACAAGAACUAAACGAGUUAAUUUUAUCACAACAAUUGGGUCAUUUAUUAACAAAUACUACACAUACUGAAGGACAUCUCAUGAAAGAUAUGAAAACUGAAAUUGAGAAAAUUCCAAAUUUUUUAACAAAACAUAAUAGUUCAUUUAAACAAAUGUUAUAUCAGGCACAAUUAUUAGUAAAAUCAACAAGUCCAACAACAACUAUCGAUAUUAAACAAUUACGGGAUGUAGCAAUUAUAAUCUAUAAAAUGAUGAUCCUACAAACUUAUCAUCUACUUUGGACGGCAUAUUUGAAAUCAGGUCGAGGAGAGUUAAUAAUAUCAUCUGAAACAAUACCGAUAUGGCCAAAAGAUAUUACAAGUUUAUUGAAAGUUAACAAAGCAAUAAAUUCUCAUGAAAUUUAUUUGAAGUUUGUCAAUCAACAUUUACAUGCAUUAGAUCAUCAAUUAAAUAUAUGUAAAACUGAAUUGAAUACAAAAGCAAAUAAUAUAGAUGGUUAUUCAUUAAUGGUUCAAAAAAUAAUAGACACAUAUAUUGAAAAACAUAUUCAACCUUUUCGUUUAAAAAUUGAACAUCAAAUUGAAUUGAUACAUUAUGAUUGUCAUAUUCGCAUAUUGAAAUUACAAUAUAUUCAACAUAAUCCUAAUCAAUAUCAAAUUGAAAUAAUGAAAAAGAUUUGUCAAAAUAAAUAUGAACAAGAAACAACAGAACAAGAAUAUAAUUUCUUGAAGCAACAAAUUGAUUAUUACAAUUCACCUAAUCAAUCGUUUCAACAUUUACCUCUAGCUCAAGCAGCAGGCAUUGGAACAAUUGAAAAUGCAGAGAUUCGACAACAACUAUUAAAUCAAUACAAAGAAGUAGCUUUAAAUGUUAGAAAUAAUUUAUUUCCAUUAUAUCUUACAACAGCUGAAGAUCAAAAAGAAGAAUUUCAAAAGAAGUUUGAAGAGAAUGUAAAAAAAGUAUAUACAGAUGAUAUUUUCAUAGAUGGAAAUCAAAACUUAUCUUCAACCUUAAUUCAGAUUAUCAAUCAACGUUGUGAAAAAAUCAGUGAACGUAUCAAAUGUAUAUAUAAAUUCAAAGUUCAAUCUACUCUCCUUUUUGAUUAA